GGUGAACUUGAAAAAAAAAAAAAGUUUAUUGAAAUAGAAUGCACAAGGUAUUGACGAAAAAUGUGGCAACAGCACCAACAACAACAACAUCAUCAAAUCGCAUCCUGCUCGAUUACACAGUACGCACAUUUAAAGAACGACUCAUCUGUUUGCUCCAUGACUCUCCAUCUCUAUUGAAAACAUAUAUUUUGGCUUUAUUUCCCAUCUUACAAUGGAUUCACCGAUACAAUUUACGCUGGCUAUUACAAGAUGUCAUUGCAGGUAUUACUGUUGGUAUGCUCAUCGUCCCUCAAGGCAUUGCCUACGCAAAAAUAGCUGGUUUAGGUCCUCAAUAUGGUUUAUAUACUUCUUUUGUAGGAGUGACAUUGUAUUGCUUUUUCGGCACGUCAAAAGAUAUAAGCAUAGGCCCCAUAACGGUCGUAUCCCUCUUGGUUGGGCAAGCCGUCUCCAAAAUAACAGAAACGCAUCCCGAUAUUACAGGUCCUGAAGUGGCGGUGUGUCUUUCGCUCUUUGCAGGCAUCAUCACCCUACUGGUCGGCCUCUUCCGUCUCGGUAUCCUCGUCGACUUUAUCUCUGAACCUGCCAUCGCGGGUUACAUGACCGGCUCUGCCAUCACCAUCUCAUUAGGGCAAUGGCCUAAAGUGUUGGGCCUCAAACAAGUCGACACACAUCAAUCCCCUUAUCUCAUUGUCUAUGAGCUCUUCAAAUACCUUAAAAACACACAGUUGGACGCCGCUUUUGGACUGACCGCGCUCGUGGUGUUAUACAUGAUCAAAUGGGGCGGAGCUCGCUUAGCUCAACGACACCCGCCAUUCAAGCAAAUGCUGUUCUAUUUUGGUAUCAUGCGUAGUGGACUGGUCGUUAUUGUCGGUACCCUCAUCUCCUUUAUCAUUCAUCAUCAUCCACGAGGGCAACAACAAGAACAAUCGUUGAAGCCGUACAUUUCCAUCAUUCAAACCGUGCCUGCUGGUUUUGACGCCAUGGGUGUACCCAGUUUAAACUUGACGGUUUUAAAAGAAGCAAGUGAUGUCUUGCCUUCCAUCAUUUUGAUAUUGAUCUUGGAGCAUGUGUCCGUAGCCAAAUCUUUUGGUCGUAUGAGUAAUUAUAUGAUUGAUCCAAAUCAAGAAAUAUUAGCGAUUGGGAUCAGUAACUUGAUCGGCUCUUUCUUUGGUGCGUAUCCUGCUACAGGUGCAUUUAGUCGCACGGCGGUGAUGUCAAGAUCAGGUGCCAAAACACCCAUGGCGGGUGUCUUUUCAGGAGCUGUGGUGGUACUGGCUCUCUAUGCUCUCACGCCUGCGUUCUACUAUAUUCCGGAUGCUUGUUUGGCCGCUGUGGUCAUCCAUGCAGUGAUUGACUUGGUGUCCGGUAGGACCUUUUUGAAAGCUCUUUGGCGAUCGAGCAUCCUUGAGUUUCUCAUCUUUGUCACAGCCGUUGUCAUUACUUGCUUUAGAGAUGUAGAGACCGCUAUCUAUGUGUCUGUGGCAUUGUCUCUUUUAUUGAUGUUGCUACGGUUGGCAAGGCCCAAGGUAUCCACUUUGGGUCGCGUCAGAGUAUUAUCGUCCUCCCACAGUAACCAUCCUCUCUCUGCUUCUUUAUCGCCAUCGUAUGCGAGUAGGAUCACGACCACAACAGCAACCACGACAACAAAGCAGCACGGCCAUUCGCUUUCAUUCAGCGAGCCCUUCCCAUCAGGGCGGCAUGAACCCUUUGUUCAUCCAGCCGUCAGAAGAGAUGAUAAAGAGAGUGAUGAUCAUAACAAAGCCACCUUUAUCUACGUCGAAGAUUCCGAUCCACAUUUCUUGGCGUAUCUCGACCCUUGGCCACCGGGUGUCGUCGUGAUUCGUAUCCAUCAUGCGAUUCUCUAUCCUAAUGCCAACUAUAUCAUGGAGCGUAUUAUGGAAAUGAUUACCUCGCACACGCGAGCCGGCAAUGACGAUCGUUCGAAACGACCCAGAGGAGGAGAAGAGGAGAAGACGACGACAAGCAAGAAGCAUAAAGAAGAUUGGGAAAAUGCAAAUUGGAAUAGCCAACGAAACCUUUCUCCAAAGGAGGCCAUCCAACAUGCUUCGAAGCCAUGUCUUGAAGCCGUUGUGUUUGAUUUUGCCGCGGUCGAUCGGCUGGACGCAACAGGUGUGCAUACACUUUGUGCCAUCCGAUAUGCUCUUGAGCAGUAUACGGACAGAAAUACGCGAAUGGAAUGGCAUUUUUGUCAACUGGCCAAUGCUCACGUGCGGCAACUGUUGAUUGAUGCUGGUUUUGGCACACUACCGUCGAUGGAAGAAGAAGACACGAUACAAGACAAGUUGCCAGCAGAGCAGGUGGAUCCUAACGACCCCUCUCUUGAGGAGAAGGAGGCUAGCAGCAUGAAUAGUAGUGACGAUGCGUAUGUCAUUGAAUUGGAGGAUGGUUAUUUACAACAACAAAAACAAAGAAAGAACAAGGAUAAGAAUAGAAAGCAACUCAACAAGGGUCAAAAUAGGUUCAACAAAGCGCGACGACCCGUCGACUACGUUCAAGCCUCUAUACAAAGCGUGCGUGACCCCAUGGGAAUAAUGAUGAUGGACGAUUACUAUCAUCAGCCACCGUUUGACGAGGCAGACGCUCUAUCCAGGUGUUCUGCUGUCUCUCAUGGUUAUCCACUCGCUUCGUUGCCAGUAGAUAGUUAUCCAGCUUUUCAUUGGGAUUUAGAUUCGGCUAUUCAGUCUGUUUGCAAAAGAAGAAAGAAAGCUCAACAAGGAGACGACGACAAUAACCCUUCCUCCAUCACGGUUAGAGUUGAUUAGCUUUUUCUGUCUACCCAGCUUUACCAUUUUUUAUUUUAUCUCUUUCUAUUUAUGUCAACUAUAGUUUACUUAUUAUAUAUUGUAAUAAAAGCGCU